GAUCUCUUGUGAAUUGACCACAGGUGGUUUUGUGCGGUGAUUAGUGGGGAGAGGAAAAAAGGAUGGCGAUGAUACAGUGGUGCGGCGCAGUGGCAAAGCGAGUGGUGGUGAAUCCGCGAGUAGGCCUUCCAUCGUCAUCAGCGGCGGCUCCGUUCGUGUGCGGGCGGGGCGACAAGAAGACGAAGAAAGGGAAGAGAUUCAAUGGAUCGUACGGGAAAGCAAGGCCUAAAAAAGAGAAGAUGAUAGAGCGUCUCAAGGACAAGGUUGAAGUCCCCAGGUCUACUCCGUGGCCUCUCCCUUUCAAGCUCAUAUAAUUUAGCCCCAAAUUACUUUGACAUAACCCCUCAAAAAACAAUCAAUUGCUUUGUUCUCAUUUUUUUUAGUACUGGAGCUAGGGUUUAUGUGAGCUUAGGGUAUAUUUACAUUGUUAUGAAUUUUGAAUGGAUAAAUUGGUACUUUUAAUUAGAUUGUUGUUUGUUUUGGCA